AUGGCUCAUCUACUCAGCUUCACUCUCGUGGCUCAUCUACUCGUCCUCCUCUCCUUCGCCUCCGUUGCAAUCUUAGCUGCAGAAUCAGUGAACAAAUCCGAGAUCGACAGGCAAGCCCUCCUCUCCUUCAAGGCUGGCAUCUCCUUGGAUCCCCUCAGUGUCUUGCGCUCAUGGCGCGAUGAAUCGGUCGACUUCUGCAGGUGGAGAGGGGUCACUUGCGGUAAGGCUCUUCCACCCCGUGUCGUCUCACUGAACCUGAACUCUCUACAGCUGACUGGGAAUCUGUCUCCUUCUCUUGCUAAUCUUACUUCACUAGCACGCUUAGAUCUUGAAAAUAAUAUGUUGUCUGGAGGCAUGCCUGAGGAGUUGGGAACACUUCCUAUGCUCCAGGAUCUGAUGCUUGCAAGUAAUAAGCUUACAGGCAACAUCCCAGGGUCACUAGGUACUAGAAGUACAAGUCUUAGGUACAUCAAUCUUGCAUACAACGUUCUCAGUGGAGGUAUCCCCCAUUCCUUGGCAACUAGCUCGUCACUUACUGUGUUAAACCUGACAAGUAACAACUUAUCUGGAAUGAUCCCUGCUAGUCUGUUCAACAGCUCAUCAAGACUUGUUGUUAUCAAUCUUCAAAGGAAUUUCUUCGCUGGACGUAUCCCAGACUUCCAGAACAUGGCGGCACUGCAAAUUCUUAACCUUGCAGAGAAUAAUCUUUCUGGGAGCAUACCUCCAUCACUAGGAAAUAUUUCUUCCCUCAGUAAAAUAUACCUUGAUUCAAACUACUUAGGUGGAUCACCUCCAGAAACUCUAAGUCAAAUUCGUAACCUUAUCAUGCUGAGUUUACGUGAAAACAACCUAUUGGGGCAUGUGCCGGCCCAACUUUAUAACAUCUCGUCCCUUAUUUUCCUUGACUUAGGCCUGAAUAACCUUACAGGAAGGAUACCAUCUAGGAUUGGGAACAUGUUACCGAACCUGGAAGUUCUGAACAUGUUCGGUAACAGAAUGACGGGAUUCAUCCCAGCAUCGCUAGCUAACACAUCAAUGCUCAAAGCGAUCAAUCUUUCCAAUAACUCACUAGUUGGCCCAGUGCCAUCUCUAGGGUCCUUACCUGAGCUGUACUUGCUAAAUCUUGGAUCUAACCAGCUAGAAUCUGAUGAUUGGACAUUCCUUGCCUCUCUCACAAAUUGCACACAGCUAGAAGCAUUGGCAAUGGAUGGGAAUAACCUGAAUGGAUGUUUGCCUAGACUAAUUGGCAACCUUUCGGCAAGUUUAGAACUCUUAUACUUCGGGAGCAACAAAAUAGUUGGCCCAAUACCGCUUGAGGUUGGAAAACUUGCAAGUUUAAUUGCGUUAACACUUGGACAGAAUCAACUAGUUGGCACAAUACCAAUUGUGGUACAAAACCUUUCGAAUCUUCAAAUGCUUGACAUGAACCAGAACUUACUCUCUGGAGGAAUUCCUUCCAGCAUUGCAAAGCUACGUCAGAUAGUCAUCCUAAAUCUGUCCAAGAACAGCUUGUCAGGUCCGAUCCCAUCUACUAUGGGUAAUCUUUCUAUGCUGUUAGAACUUCAUCUAGACAACAAUAAUUUGAGUGGAAACAUACCGGCAAAUUUAGGAAACUGCAAGCAAUUAGUUAUGCUAAACUUAUCUAAUAACAAUCUUUCUGGAUCAAUACCAAGUCAACUCGUUGCUGGUACUUUGCAGUUAACGAGUUUGGAUUUGUCACACAACAACCUUAAUGGGAGCAUUCCUCAGUCUUUCAGUGACCUGAAGUCCAUCAAUCUGGUCGAUCUUUCGCAAAACAACUUUGUUGGACAUAUUCCAGAGUAUUUUAGGAACUUCACUCUGUUGAGCCUACUUGAUCUGUCCUACAACUACUUUGUAGGGCCAAUUCCAACAGGAGGAGUAUUCGAGAAUGCCACGGCAGUAAUCUUAGAUGGGAACGUAGGGCUUUGUGCAAAGGAAACUACCUUCACAUCUUUAUUCCUUAUGUGCCCUAGAAUAUCAGCCAGUCAAACACAAAAGAGCUAUGCACGCCUGCUGUUAAUAGUAAUCCCACCGAUCACUAUUGCCUUAUUCUCCAUUGUAUGCUUUGUGGUCACCCUUCUGAAGAAAAAAGCACACACAGCUCCAUGCUAUAAGGAGACAAUGAAGAAGGUAUCCUACAAUGACAUCCUUAAAGCUACUAGUUGGCUCUCUCCCAUCAACAAGAUCAGCUCAAGUCGCACCAGUUCUGUCUACAUUGGAAGGUUUGAGUUUGACACAGAUAUCGUGGCCAUCAAAGUGUUUCAUCUCGAUGAGCAUGGUUCACUAAAUAGCUUUCUUAUGGAAUGUGAAGUGCUCAGAAACACCCGCCAUCGCAAUCUUAUGAAAGCCGUGACCUUAUGCUCAACAGUGGACUUGGAGAACGAUGAGUUCAAAGCUAUAGUUUUCGAUUUUAUGGCCAAUGGAAACCUGGAUAUGUGGGUGCACCCAAAGCUACAACAAAAUAGCCCCAAGAGAGGUCUAAGCUUGGGCCAGAGAAUCAGAAUAGCUAUGGAUGUGGCUUCUGCUUUGGACUACAUGCACAACCAACUGACACCACCUCUAGUUCACUGUGAUUUGAAGCCAGCCAAUGUUCUUUUGGAUUACGAUAUGACGGCUCGUGUUGGUGAUUUUGGAUCUGCGAAGUUUAUCUCUUCGGCCCUCGGUAGUCCGGAAGACUUUGUUGGCGUUGGAGGAACUAUUGGAUAUAUCGCACCUGAGUAUGGAAUGGGGUAUAAAAUCUCAACUGGGUGCGAUGUCUACAGUUUCGGUGUGUUGCUACUGGAAUUACUCACCGGAAAGCGCCCCACUGAUACAAUGUUCACCAGUGGCAUGACCCUUCACAAGCUGGUGAACUCAGCAUAUCCAAAUGGACUUCAUGAGGUUAUAGAUCCCUACAUGCCCCAGGGGGGAAAUCAUGCAUUUGCAACACUACAGAGCUACCUGAUACCAUUGGUUGAGGUUGCCCUCUCAUGUUCCAUGGAACUACCCAAAGAUCGACCAGGAAUGCAAGAUAUUUGUGCCAGAAUAUUUGAGAUCAGCGAGGCAUUCCUCGAGUCCUGGUGA